ACAGUUUCUUGCUAUUCUCAGACCGGCUAACAUGAAAGGGUUGUAUAUUGUUCUGUUCUUGUUACCAUCUCUGGAAUGUGGUACCACACGUUGUAGGACCUCAAUAAAGCCUCUGAAAAUGACCGUGUUGUAUGAGUCCCUCUGUCCCGACAGCCAAGAAUUCCUUAGCAGUUUUUGGCCAGUUUUUCGGUAUUACCAUAACUGCAUUAAUCUAACGUUGGUCCCAUAUGGCAAGGCCAGACCGGCAAGAGGGGGACAUGUCUGCCAACACGGCCGACCAGAGUGUUGGGGCAAUCGGAUGCAGGACUGUGCUCUUCACUCAAAUUUGAAUCAGUUAAAGCAAAUGAAAUUUAUUGCUUGUCAGAUGAAAGACCUUCAGCUGGUGAGGAAAAAGAAUUUCAAGUGCGCCAAAUCCUUGAAUAUCUUCAAAAGCGUAAGGCAUUGCAUGAAUUCGAAUGGCCAAGGUAAUAAACUUCAGGCCGAGGCUUCGAGAAUAACUAGUCAAUAUCAAUUUAACGAAAUACCUGCAAUUAUCUAUAAUGGAGUAUUAAAUGACGAAUUGCAGGAGGCUUCCAGAAAAAAUUUACGACAAACUCUGUGCGAAAUUAUGGUAAAAACUAAACAUUUAUUACCUGAUGAUUGUUUUACCUAUUAGCUGACCAUUAAAUUGCAAUUUACACCUAGCUUCGGUACCCCACAUUUUUCCAAUAAAGGAAAUAUUUUUUUUUAGAUAUUGAAAAUUUUUUGUAAUUC